GUUCAAUAUUGAGAAACCCGAAGUCCGCUACAAAAAAUAGACACAGGAAAGUUCUCGAAUUGAACAUUGAAAGUUUGGCAUCUCAGAUCAGCCUUGUUCACAUGAUGCCGGUGAGUACUUCAACCCUGAAGCAGAUAGCUGCAAUUGGAGGAAUUAUUUCUCUCGGAGGAGCAGGAUAUUUCUACAAGGGAAUACAAGAUAAUGUAGCUAAAGGAUCAUACUACUCCAAGUCAGUAGAGAUUCUGUGUAACCAUAGAGGUGCUACUGAUGUCCUUGGCUUGCCUAUAAAGACCAAGUUUGUUAAUCUUGGGAAUCAGUUUAAUGCUGUCUCCGCUUUACAGGCUAAUCUUGCUAUACCACUGAGAGGUUCAAUAAGACCAGGAGUAAUGUACACAUGGUCGUCAAGACAAACCAUGAUGGAUGACUGGACAGUUCAGAGAAUAGACUUGGAGAUCACAAGCCCCCAGAGAAAAGUCACAAUCUACAAAGCGCCCUCUAGGGACCAGGAACAGUCAUUGGAAGGAGGAGAUAAUGCACCACUCUGGGACUCAAGUGAAGAAUUAGGGAAUAGAUGACACUGUUAAGAAUGGUUUCACUUGCAAUGGAUAACUCUUUCAUUCUCCAGUGGUGACCAUUAACACAGGUUAUUCAAAUGUUAUCGUCACUUGCAAUAGAUUGCAACAGGCGAUCAGUAACGUGCCAUUCACAUGUUAUCACCCGAUGCAAUAGCUUGCAUCGGGUGAUCGAUAAUGCAUCAUUUGGAUGUUAUCGUCACUUGCGAUAGAUAAUAUUUUCAGCAGCAGCAUUUUCAUUUAUGAAGCGUCACAACGCAAAUCUGUAUGAUGUACAACCUAAGCUCUGCCCGGUUUGAACCAGUGGUAAUCUGUAAGCUUCAGAAUCAGACGUCAUCAAGACUUGCUUUGCAUAAAUAACACAGUUGUGUUCUUGACUGGUGAUAGAUCACACAUAGCAAUCAGUCACCACUCCUAAUGAAGGAGUCAUGUGACUCAGUCAUGUCAUGUGAUUCAGUCAUGUGAUAUAUCACCACGUGAUUGAUAGCAUUGUCCAUCACCUUUGAAGAUAAUGUCUGUAAGUGGGUUAUUAUUGCUUUUCUAACCAUAUUGUAUAACAAAUGGCUGCCAUAACUUGUGUAUCUAGUGGAACUCUUUUUACUUUGACACAGUGUUGUAACUUUUUUUUUUUAUCAAAAGCUUGGAUUGGACUGAACGUUGGGUGAUAGAUUACCCAGUCACGAUAAAGGGUUCCUCAACAACAGUAAAACAAAAAGGAAAAGGAGGAUGUGCAAUAACUCAAUUUGUAGAAUAGUGGUGAAUUUGAUUAUGUCUGUAGUCAUUGAUUUUAGAAUCAAAUUUUGUCUAAUGAAACACCUCUGAAUAAAAUGGAUCAUCAGUUUUGCAAAGUUCAUCUACUAUCUUGCAAAUCUUUUUCCAAGAUUUUAAGACAUCAAUUAAGACAUGAUUUGUUUCUUGAAUAAAUGUUCAUCUGUUAAAAUCAAUUUUAAUAUCAAUUUUGGUUGAUGAAAAAGUCCCUGGCUUUCAGUCAACAAUGUGUGACCUUUCAGGCAUUAAUCCCCUGUACACAUUCCUUCAAUAAGGAUGUUAAGUAAUUUUCCCCUGGUGCCUUACAAACUAUAAAAUGAAAGAGAAUGCCAUACAUCUUGUUUUGGAUGACCAAUAUUUCACUGAUUCUAAGCUCAAUUUGUGAUAUUCUACAAAACUAAGAAUAAAUAAAGCCCUUGUUUAUUUAUUUAUUACAAACUAUUGUAACAGAAAUACUUGUAACAUUAUCUAAAAUGUUGUGUCUCUAAAUAUGAAAUGAUGAUUAAAUUUGGUGUGCUGUCAUUAUUACAGAUAAUGACAGUACUAUCAUAAUGUGAAUAA